UCUGGUAAAUAGAGGGACUAAAGCCGGCUGCCUCCACACAUAAGCAUAUCUCUCUGGCGGAUGCGUUAAUGUUUUACUGAAAGCUUAGUAACAAAGAGCGUCUUUUUAAACGGAAGAGAUGUCGACAAGACCGGGAUUCUACCGGCAAGAACUAAACAAGACUGUCUGGGAGGUGCCAGAACGAUACCAGAAUCUCACACCGGUUGGAUCGGGGGCAUAUGGCUCAGUAUGCUCAGCAUAUGAUGUGCGCCUUCGUCAGAAAGUGGCCGUCAAGAAGCUCUCCAGGCCUUUCCAGUCUCUCAUCCACAGCAGAAGAACAUACAGAGAACUGAGACUCCUCAAACACAUGAAACAUGAGAAUGUUAUCGGACUGCUGGACGUUUUCACUCCGGCAGCUUCUCUUGAAGAAUUCAAUGAGGUCUAUCUUGUGACCAACCUGAUGGGAGCGGAUCUCAACAACAUUGUCAAAUUUCAGAGACUUUCAGAUGAACAUGUACAAUUCCUAAUUUAUCAGCUUCUCCGGGGCCUUAAGUACAUCCAUUCAGCUGGGCUGAUCCACAGAGACUUAAAGCCAAGCAAUGUAGCGGUGAAUGAAGAUUGUGAACUCAGGAUCCUGGAUUUUGGUUUAGCCAGGCAGACAGAUGAUGAGAUGACGGGAUACGUAGCGACGCGUUGGUACCGAGCACCUGAGAUCAUGCUCAACUGGAUGCAUUACAACCAGACAGUGGAUAUCUGGUCUGUUGGAUGCAUCAUGGGUGAACUUCUGAAGGGGAAGGUUUUGUUUCCUGGCAACGAUUAUAUAGAUCAGCUAAAGAGAAUCAUGGAGGUUGUAGGCACUCCCACGCCUGAUGUUUUGAAGAAGAUAUCCUCUGAACAUGCUCAGAAGUACAUCCAGUCUCUUCCACACAUGCCUCAGCAGGACCUGGCGAAGAUAUUUAGAGGAGCAAAUCCACUGGCGGUUGAUCUGUUAAAAAAAAUGCUAGUAUUAGACUGUGAUGGGAGGAUUUCAGCCAGUGAAGCUCUGUGCCAUCCAUACUUUUCCCAAUACCACGAUCCUGAAGAUGAACCGGAGGCGCCGCCGUAUGAUCAGACCCCUGAGAGCAAGGAUCGCACACUGGAGGAGUGGAAGGAGCUGGUGUUUGAGGAAGUAAGCAAUUUUAAAGAUCCUCCCAAUAAACCUGAAAAUCUUCAGGUUGAACAAUAAAACUGAGCGUAACUACAAUCCAGGAAGAUGCCGCCCUCACCACUGUCUGUCUUUCAAACAUACGAACUACAGGACUGGUGGACAUACUGUAUGAACAGCUUGCAGUCAUGACUAUGUAUUUCCAAAGCAUGACGCCCUUCCUGUAUGUGGGUGUAUGUUCAUACACACUUAAUUAAGAGCAAAACACGACCGGUAUUGUUUGAACAUAGACACAAUGUAUUAAUAUUACAAGGUGCAUGUUGUGUGUGUGUGUGUGUGUGUGUGUGUGUAUGUAUGCAGAGUUGUGUGUUUUGAGUGUUUUUUAUAUUUGAUGUGAGACAGGUGAAGCAGGGUAUGGUGUCUUUCAUAUGAGACCAAAACAAACUAAGCAGGAGGAGGAGAAAAAUAU